AGGAAGAGAUCAGAAAAUGGCUUUCAACUUGGAUGGUAUCAUUAUUGAAACAGAAAUGGAGGCGAUAAAGAAAGAUUUGCUCAGGAAGUCCACGAAGGGUGACUGGAAAGGAGUUAUUGAUAUCUAUAAGAAGCACCCAGAAGCUCAUGCGGCAAAGCUCACAAUCAACGAGGACACAGCAUUACACAUAGUUGUCUCCAGUGACCGAGAAGAGAUCGUGAAACAACUUAUGAACCUAAUUUCUACUCAUCAUGCAGAAGGCCAAGCGAUACCUGAAUUUAAGAAUAAAAGAGGGAAUACGCCUCUCCAUGUUGCUGCAUCAAUGGGGAGUGUCACUCUAUGCAAGAGCUUAGUUAAUGCAACUGGUCAACUUGGUUUAUCAUUUAUGGAAGCUCGUAAUUGUAAGAAAGAGACUCCGCUUUUCUUGGCAGCACUUAGUGGUAAGAAAGAUGCCUUCAUUUGCCUUCACAAAGUCUACCAGGAGAACAACCUUAACUACAAUGACCUUUACCGUCGGAGCGACGAUGAUGACACUAUUCUUCACGUUGCUAUUGCUACAAAAUGUUUUGAUUUGGCAUUAGAAAUAAUUACGUUGUAUCCGAAACUAGUACACUUCGUCAAUAAGAAAGGCUUUUCCCCUCUCCAUGUGCUGGCGAACAAGCCUUCCGCAUUUGAAAGGGCAACCAUGUAUGGAUUCGUAGUAACGCACCUUGCUAAAUGCUUUCCCAGGAUCAAAAGUAGGAUAAGAGCAAUUCAGGACCAAGAAAAUGCCGCUAAAGUCAUGAAUGAACUUGUAGAACGUAUUGCAGCGCCAUAUGAACAAGCAGAUGGUGGGACGGACCCCAACAAAACCAUUAGAUCACCUCAGAUGGCAGAGGAUCCAAAGCAGAAAACUCCAAUCAUUGGGAGUACUAGUGAAAAAGUUUCAAUCGCAAGGGAGACACCCAUACUAAUUGCAGCAAAAAAUGGUAUUACCAAAAUGGUUGAGAAGAUCCUUGAAAAUUUUCCCGAGGCUGUAUAUGACUUGGAUCCAAGCAUGAAGAAUAUUGUGCUAUUGUCAGUGGAGCAUAAGCAAUGUCACGUUUAUGAGCUCUUACUCAACAAGAAGAAGAAGAAAGUUAUUCCUGACAGUGUUUUUUGGGAGGUUGAUAAAGAAGGCAAUACUGCACUGCAUCUCGCUGCAAAGGUAGCAAAUUCUAAUACAUGGCCAGUUCCAGGAGCCGCAUUCGAAAUGAAUUGGGAAAUCAAAUGGUUUGAGCAUGUACAAAGGUCCAUGCCAGAAUGGUACCCUUUUCUCUGCAACAAGGCAGGUGAAACACCAAGGGAGGUCUUCACCGAAUCACACGAGGAUCUUGUCAAACAAGGACAAAAGUGGCUGACCAGCAUUUCCGAGCAGGCAUGCCCGAUUGCAACAGGUCUCUUUGUCGCUGUUGCAUUCUCCACAUCAUCCAAUGACGGAUUCAAUUUUAAAGACCCUAAAUUACAAGGAGUAGUAAGACCGUCUGCAUUUAGUUACUCACUCCUCGUACCCGCAGCCUCCUUCUUCUUUUCAGUGGUAGCAGUGUUCUGUUUCCUACUGAUGAUCUGCUCGUCUUACAGUGAGAGCAGCUUUCGCACAGGCAACAGAUUGAGGGUGUUUCUUCUGGGGUUAACUGCCUUUUACUUAUCUUUUAUUAGUAUUUUGGAAUCUUUCUCUCUUGGACAUUUCUUAACGGCCAUAAAAGAGCUAGACACAACUGACUAUUUACCUAGCUAUAUGACAUUAGUGGUGGGGUACUAUACUCUAGCACUAAUAGUACCGAUGCCAUUCUACCUUCACAUGGCAUGGGCAUUCUUUCGCGGGCCGCAUACUAUGAAUUUAGUGAUUCCUGGAUUUUUUCCUACCAAGAAUUAGUCAGUAAUUCCAUUUCUAGCUAGCAGCUUCUUCAAGAGUUUGGUGAUUCGGGCUUAAAAAAUAUCGAUAGAUCAACUCCUUUAUGCAAUUCCUAAUGAUUAAGUGGAUAUGUGUGUUGUAUUUCAUUAAUCUAUACAUCUGGUUAUUUUGAAUGAUCAUAUUCUCUCUCUCAUCUGCU